UUCAAGCUUUGUCCGCCAUUUUGAAUUGCACGAGGCCAAGGAGGAGACCUAUUUUUGUCGAUACUUUGAGACAAAUUUCAACAGACUUUAGCACUACAACAACCAGGCAACAUUCCAAGCGUAUAGGCUGGGCCAAGCAGUGGAAGAAACGUUGAAGAAGAGGACAUCGACACUAGCAGCAGAGAGAACAAGACAGGCACGAGAGGGCAACAAGACAAGGAAAAAGAAAAUCUGCUCAAGGAAAUGAGUGGUGUCGACCUUCCACUGACUGACAAGGCACGUUUAUCACAGAUACAAACUCAUCCAGGACAGAUGGAAGGGCAAAGUACACAGGAUGCUUUAGAUGUUGCUUUGGCUGCAUCCCACAGAUGCUACCACUGUAAAUACAGUGCGCCUUACAAGUCUCAGCUGACCAGGCAUAUGCGGAAACAUACGGGUGAGAAACCCUUCAAGUGCGACCAGUGUGACUAUUCUGCUGCACUGAAAGGCAGUUUAAUCAACCAUAUGAGACAGCAUACAGGUGAGAGACCCUACAAAUGUGACCAGUGCGACUAUUCUGCUGCACAGAAAGGCAAUCUAGAUAACCAUAUGAGAAAACAUACAGGCGAGAAGCCAUUCAAGUGUGGCCAGUGUGACUAUUCGGCUGCACAUCAAAGCAGUUUAGACUACCAUAUUAUGAGCAAGCAUACAGGUGAGAGACCCUACAAAUGUAACCAGUGUGACUUUUCUACUGCACAAAAAGGCAAUCUAGAUCUCCAUAUGAGAAAACAUACAGGUGAGAGACCCUACAAAUGUGACCAGUGUGACUAUUCGGCUGCACAGAAAGGACAUCUAGAUCACCAUAUGAGAAAGCAUACAGGCGAGAAACCAUUCAAGUGUGACCAGUGUGACUAUUCGGCUGCACAGAAAUGCAAUUUAGACCAGCACAUGAGAAAACAUACAGGUGAGAAACCCUACAAAUGUGACCUGUGUGACUAUUCGGCUGCAAAGAAAGGCAGUCUAGAUCAUCAUAUUAUGAGAAAGCAUACAGGUGAGAGACCCUACAAAUGUGAGCAGUGUGACUAUUCUACUGUACGGAAAUCUGAUGUGGACCACCACAUGGCUAAGCACACUGGCGAAAAACCCUACAUGUGUGGUGAAUGCGGGUACAGGACAGAAUACAGGCGCUGCCUGACCCGACAUAUGAGAGCACAUACAGGGGAAAAUCCCUACAAAUGCCAUUUGUGCAGCUUUUCUGCUAAGCAAAAGAAUGCUCUGACCAUACACAUGGCUCGACACACUGAUGAAAAGUCCUACAUGUGUGGGGACCCUAUAUGACAAACCAUACAGACGAGAAGCCCUACAAUUAGUACAAAUGUUUCUCCCGCACAGAAAUGUAAUUUAGACCAACACAUGGCUUUACUGGUACACUGGUGAAAAUCCCUGCAUCUGUGAAGAGUGCGGGUACAGAACUGCUGAAAGGUCUAACCUAUCCUGACAUAUAAGAAGACAUUCAGGUGAAAAACUCUACAAAUGUGACAUAUGGGAUCAUUCUACUUGUUUCGAAGAGUAAAGAUACAUGUAAAUAAGAUAUUUAGUGGUGUUGUAGCUUGUUUGUUUUCUCUAAUCGUUUACUUGCAACAUCACAUGUAAUUUCAUUUUACCUUUAGUCUUCGUACUAUUGUUUUUAUUUAUGUAACACGUCUUGUUUUGUUAUUCAUGUAGUGGGCCCCACGUGAGAAAGAACAUGCUAGUAAAUAUCAAUUUAACCUUGUCCAUACUGACUCAAAAAUUAAUACACACGUUUGUACAAAUA